AGCCAAAACCCGAGCUGAGAAAAUCCCGGCCGCCUCUCCCUGGCCGCACCGCCGCGAUCACUCCCUCCCCUCCUCCCACCCGCCGGCGCCGCCGGCCAUGGAGGACGCCUACGCCAAGUCCGUCGCGGAGGUGCUCGAAGCUUUCGGCGUGGACCGGACCAAGGGCCUCUCCGACUCGCAGGUGGAGCAGCAUGCGUUGCGCUACGGCAAAAAUGUGCUGCCCCAAGAAGAAAGUACCCCCUUCUGGAAGUUAGUUUUGAAGCAGUUUGAUGAUUUACUUGUCAAAAUAUUGAUAGCAGCUGCCGUGGUAUCCUUCCUUUUGGCUCGAUUGAAUGGUGAAACUGGAUUAACAGCAUUUUUGGAACCAUCUGUCAUAUUUAUGAUAUUAGCAGCAAAUGCAGCAGUUGGUGUGAUCACAGAAACAAAUGCUGAAAAAGCUCUCGAGGAGUUGCGAGCAUAUCAAGCAGAUGUUGCAACAGUGCUGCGCAAUGGUUGUUUUUCUAUACUUCCAGCAACGGAACUUGUCCCUGGAGAUAUUGUAGAAGUGGGAGUUGGUUGCAAAGUUCCAGCUGACAUGAGAAUGGUUGAAAUGCUAAGCCAUCAAUUGCGUGUUGACCAGGCAAUUCUAACAGGGGAAAGCUGUUCAGUGGCUAAAGAGCUUGAUUCAACUUCAGCAAUGAAUGCUGUCUACCAGGACAAAACAAACAUUCUUUUCUCGGGUACUGUUGUUGUAGCUGGUAGAGCAAGAGCUGUCGUUAUUGGUGUUGGUUCUAAUACUGCAAUGGGAAGUAUACGUGAUGCAAUGCUGAGAACAGAGGAUGAAGCAACUCCACUGAAGAAAAAACUGGACGAAUUUGGCACAUUUCUGGCAAAGGUUAUAGCAGGGAUCUGUAUUCUUGUUUGGGUUGUAAAUAUUGGCCAUUUCCGAGAUCCUUCUCAUGGUGGCUUUCUUAGGGGUGCCAUUCAUUAUUUUAAGGUAGCAGUUGCCCUUGCUGUUGCAGCCAUUCCAGAAGGUCUCCCAGCUGUAGUAACAACGUGCUUAGCUCUUGGUACCAAGAGAAUGGCUCGCUUGAAUGCUAUCGUCAGAUCUUUGCCCUCUGUGGAGACAUUAGGAUGCACAACAGUCAUUUGCAGUGACAAAACUGGCACUCUUACUACAAACAUGAUGUCCGUGUCUAAGGUAUGUGUUGUGCGGUCUGUGCACCAGAGACCAAUAACUGAUGAAUACUCUAUUAGUGGAACCACAUUUGCUCCUGAUGGGUUUAUAUAUGAUGCCAGUGAAAAUCAGCUGGAGUUUCCUCCUCAAUCCCCCUGCCUCCUUCAUAUAGCCAUGUGUUCAGCUCUUUGCAAUGAGUCAACUUUACAGUACAAUCCUGAUAAAAAAAGUUAUGAGAAAAUUGGAGAGUCCACUGAAGUUGCUCUGCGCGUUCUGGUGGAGAAGGUUGGUCUUCCUGGUUUUGAUUCGAUGCCCUCAGCCCUGAACAUGCUAACUAAGCAUGAGCGUGCAUCCUACUGCAAUCAUUAUUGGGAAAAUCAGUUCAGAAAGAUAUCAGUUCUAGACUUUUCCCGAGAUCGCAAAAUGAUGAGCGUCCUUUGCAGUCGAAAACAACAGGAGAUUAUGUUUUCAAAAGGUGCCCCUGAAAGUGUAAUGGCAAGAUGCACACAUAUAUUGUGCAAUGAUGAUGGGUCUUCUGUACCAUUGACUAUGGACAUACGUAAUGAGCUGGAAGCUAAGUUUCAAAGUUUUGCAGGAAAAGAUACCCUAAGGUGCUUAGCACUAGCAUUAAAACGAAUGCCAGAAGGCCAACAAAGUCUUUCCUAUGACGAUGAGGCAAAUCUCACAUUUAUUGGAUUGGUUGGGAUGCUUGACCCUCCAAGAGACGAAGUUCGCAGUGCUAUCCAUUCUUGUAUGUCAGCAGGGAUUCGUGUUAUUGUUGUUACUGGGGAUAACAAGUCCACUGCAGAAUCUCUAUGUCGGCAAAUUGGUGCGUUUGAGCAUUUAGAUGACUUUACAGGGUAUUCAUAUACAGCAUCAGAAUUUGAAGGGCUUCCUCCUUUGGAAAGGGCAAAUGCAUUGCGAAGGAUGGUUCUGUUCUCCAGAGUGGAACCUUCUCAUAAGAAGAUGCUUGUUGAAGCCUUGCAAUCACACAAUGAAGUGGUUGCAAUGACUGGUGAUGGCGUCAAUGAUGCACCUGCGCUGAAAAAAGCAGAUAUAGGAAUAGCUAUGGGAUCAGGAACUGCUGUUGCAAAGAGCGCUUCAGACAUGGUAUUGGCAGAUGACAACUUCGCUACAAUUGUUGCAGCUGUUGCAGAGGGAAGGGCCAUAUAUAAUAACACCAAGCAGUUUAUUCGAUACAUGAUUUCAUCAAAUAUUGGGGAGGUAGUUUGUAUUUUUGUGGCAGCGGUGCUUGGGAUGCCUGACACACUUGUACCUGUCCAGCUACUCUGGGUAAACCUUGUUACUGACGGGUUGCCUGCAACUGCAAUUGGUUUUAACAAGCCUGAUGGCAACAUCAUGGCAGUUAAGCCUCGUAAGGUGAACGAAGCUGUGGUCAGUGGAUGGCUCUUCUUCCGCUAUUUAGUCAUUGGUGCUUAUGUUGGUCUUGCCACUAUAGCGGGGUUUGUUUGGUGGUUUGUUUAUUCUGAAGAUGGUCCUAGAUUACCAUACUCUGAAUUGGUCAAUUUUGAUUCAUGUUCAACCAGGCAAACUUCAUAUCCUUGCAGCAUCUUUGAGGAUCGCCAUCCAUCAACUGUUUCAAUGACUGUUCUUGUUGUUGUCGAGAUGUUUAAUGCCUUGAAUAACCUAAGUGAAAAUCAAUCCCUACUUGUCAUUCACCCAUGGAGUAACCUAUGGCUUGUUGGGUCAAUCAUUCUGACAAUGCUUCUUCACGUAGCAGUCUUGUAUACGGAACCCCUGUCGUCUCUUUUCUCAGUAUCUCCAUUAACUUUGGCUGAGUGGAAAGUUGUUCUUUAUCUAUCCUUCCCUGUAAUUUUGAUUGAUGAGGUGUUGAAAUUUUUCUCAAGAAGACCUCGAGCUUGGAGUUUUCCUUUACGGUUAUGGAGACGUGAGAUGCUUCCAAAAGAAGCCCGGGAUAAUUAAUUUUAGGACUAAGAAAGCUGUGCUUGAUAUAGCAUGAAGCUUGACUUUGGUCACGGUGAAACUAAUUUUGGCUAAUUUAUUUGGGCUUGAAAGCUGACAAACAUUUGUAGAAAGUUUGUAUACCUCCUUCCGUGAAUUGUGUCAAACAGAUAUUGACAGGAACUAUGUAAUUUUAAUGUAUGAAAAGAUGAGUAGAGAGCAGUUUUGAAUGUGUCUCGUAAGAAAUUGUUAUAUAUAGCCACAAGGUUCGAACUUGCAACAUCUACAGGCGGACUUAGCAAAUGUGACCUGUCCGUUUUGAGCCCUUA